AUGGUGCCCCAUCGUCUUGCCGAGGCGGGGACGACUGAAGCGGCAGCCAAGACUCAGGACAUGUCGGCCCUGGUGUGGGACAACCAAGGUCCUUCGCAGCAGCAUUACACCUACCAACAAGAACAACCACAGUCGCAGCCACAAUCGCUUGACAGCUACGAAACCGUAUCCGGCCAGUCGGCAGUAGCCGUCUGCCGUAUGCCCGGUCAAGAAGAGGUUCAGAGCUUGCCUCUAGUUUCUGACGUGCACCGAGCACUGACAGACCCACUGGUCAACGACCUCGACCGCAACUCGCGAUAUUACCUGUACCAUUUCGCAACGCAGCUAUGCGAGGUCAUGGUGCUGUACGACGUGCCCGGCCAGAAUCCUAUCCGUGAUCUCAUUCCGGCGACAGCUGCCUACCCGCUGCUCUUGCAUAUCAUUGUCGCCAACUCGGCCUUUCAUGUCUUCAACAUCACCCGUAACCCCAUGGGGCAGUCAUCUUACCAGGGUCAUCUGAGUCCGACCGUCCAAGCCUACUACCAAGCCGUAAGCCGCUUUGGGGGGCCGCUGAAGUCCUCGUACAGAGAUGCCUUGGUGGCAAAACAGCACGCGCUAUCGUUGCUCGCAAAGAGCGUGGCUUCGGUGAAUGCUGCCAAUAUUGACCUGAUCUUGAUGACGAUUCUGUUGUUUGUCAAUUAUGCGCUCGUGGAAUCCGGACGCGACAAAUGGAAGGUCCACAUGGACGGGGCUCUCAAGCUCAUUAAACUUCUCGGCGAGCCGCCAUUUCUCCAGCGUCCGAUGAGUAAACUCAGGCAGACAGUACUCUCGGACUUGCUGGUGUUUUACAUUCUCGGGUCGACCUUCAGCUUCACCACACUCCCUGCUCUGAUUCCAGACACGAUUGAGCUAGAUCCGAUUCUGCGUUACGCCGAGACGAAUAAUUACCUCUCGUGUCCUGGACCGCUGCUUCGAAUCAUGCUCGAGUCUUUUGCGCUGCCCGACACUCAAGCGUCUCCUUCGGAUGCUAGCACUCCCAUUGACAUUGAGAGCCAAGUGGGCGCCUUGCUCCAGCGUGCUCUAGACUUUGACCCGAUUGCAUGGUCACACGCGUUCGAGCGUGCAUCCCCCUUCGAGGACAUUCAACAACGCAUCCGUAUCGCAUCGGCACAUCGCUCAGCAGUAUGCAUCUACCUCGCACGCGUACUACCCUCUACGAACCCUCUUCUUGAUCCAGCCAGUGGCAGCGCACUCGUCAGUCUCACAGCUCUGGCUGACGAUGUCGUCCAUCAUAUCUCCCACCUCGAACCCAGCGAUCCGCUGUUCAAGUCGAUUUGUUGGCCGCUGUUUUUGGCCGGCGCAGAAUCAGAAGACCCUACCCAGCGCGAGUGGAUCAUGAACACACUCGACAAGCUGUACAGUCUCAUGUUCUGGGGUUACCUGCAUACAUCAAAGCGCGUGCUAGAAGCAAUCUGGAAGCUCAAAGACGAAGCUGAGCCAGGUGGAGGCAACUGUUGGGUGGAGGAGCUCAAAGACUUGGGUCACGACAUCUUAAUCGCUUAA